AUGGAAAACCAACUAAAGGCUCGCCAAAACAAGAGACAACGUGCUUCGGUAAGUAGAGAGCAGUCUAUUUCAAUUCCUUUGCCUCAAAGUGAUAAUUCUGAUAGCUCACAGAUAUUGUCAGCUAGACGUAGAGCAAUUUUAGCUAAGAAUGCUCGAACUGAAGUAUCUCAUGUUCAAACGUCUUCUUCAUCAACUUCUCGCCAACCACCUUUGUCUGAAGGGUCGUCUAUUUCGCCCAUGUAUUUAGAUAUUGGCAACUGUAGUGAGGUAUGUGAGUAUUGUAAUGCGCGUUUUUGGUUUGAUGAACGCCUUAAAGCUUCUCCUCUUAGUCGACGUCCGCGGUACAACCAAUGUUGUAAGGGUGGUCGAGUUAGAUUACAACAUCCACGCGAACCUCCUGACAACAUAAAGCACCUUUUCAAAAGACAUGAUUUCUUAGAUAAUAUUCGUGCUUAUAAUUCCAUGUUUGCGAUGACUUCUUUUGGCGCGACUACUGAUGACUCUAUAAAUUUAACCUCUGGGCCUUAUGUUUUCAAAGUCAGCGGUCAGAUAUGUCACCGUAUUGGAUCUCUUUGCCCCCCUUCUGGCGAACGCCCUCGAUUUUUGCAAAUGUACAUAUACGAUACCGAGAAUGAACUUUCUAAUAGACUUCAUGUGUUUGGUGAACAUGGAGCAUCGUCUUUAGAUGCGGAUAUUGUUGCACUGCUACUACAAACGUUAGAUUCCAUUAACAAGGUGGUGAGACUUUUCCGUACUGCUCGAGACCUUUCUCUAUCAGCAGAUGUUCCUGAUUUUGCUAUUCGUUUAUACAGCAACGUAAACGAAAAGUCGUACGAUACCCCAUCAAUUGGCUCGAUUGGUGCUAUUGUAUAUGAAGAUGAAGUAAGAGCAUCUAAUUUUGAUAUAAUUAUUCGUCCGAAAGAUGACGUCCCUCAACGUGUUAGUAUGUUGCACUCUCUAUAUAUGGCGUUGCAGUAUCCAUUGCUGUUUGUUUUCGGAGAACAAGGGUGGACUCCGGAGCUUCGGUUAGUGGAUGAUGCUUCAUCACGUCCAAAGCAACUUACUAUGAACAUGUUCUAUAGCUAUCAUCUUCAUGAUCGCUUUAGUUUAUACACUCAUUUGCUUAGGGGUGGACGUUUGUUUCAGCAAUAUUUAGUAGAUGCGUAUAUUUGUAUCGAACAAAAUAGAUUAGAAUACAUACAAUCGCAUCAAGAUCUUUUUAGAACUGAAUACUUGCAAGGCAUUCAUGACGCGUUGAUACGAGGUGAUACAAAUUGUCAUGACAUUGGUAAGCGGACCGUUUUGCCUUCAUCUUUCACUGGUGGCCCGCGGUACAUGUACAAACAUUAUCAAGAUGCAUUAGCAAUUUGUCGUGUACAUGGAAAUCCCCAAUAUUUCAUAACGUUUACCUGCAACGUAAAAUGGCCGGAGCUUAAACGAUAUUUAGCCGAAACGCCACACGUAAAAGUGCAAGACCGCCCGGACAUUAUCGCUAGAAUUUUCCGGGUGAAAGUUGACGCUUUCAUGGGCUAUUUACGCUCCGGUGCUCCUUUUGGUGAGGUUGUGGCAGAAUUCCAAAAAAGAGGGCUACCUCAUUGUCAUACUCUUUUGUGGGUUAAGCCAUGUAACAAAAUACAAAGUCCAGAUGACAUUGAUAGUUACAUCUCCGCUGAGAUUCCGAACCCGACGGUAGAGCCGGUUCUUCAUAAAAUUGUCACCGAACUCAUGUUACAUGGACCCUGCGGAUUACCUAAACCAAGUGCUCCUUGCAUGAUCGACGGCACCUGCUCAAAGAAUUUUCCAAAAAAUUAUGAAUCCGCCACAAGAUUCGACAAAGAAGGUUAUGCUCAUUACAAAAGAAAGGCGGAUGGUUUCUUCGUCAUCAAGAAUGGCGUCACUUUGGAUAACACAUUUGUUGUUCCUUACAACAAAGACUUGCUGCUUCGAUUUGAUGCGCAUAUUAAUGUCGAAUAUUGUGGUUGGAAUAUGGUUAUCAAGUAUCUAUUUAAGUACAUAUCUAAAGGCGCCGACCGCAUUCGUUUUACAGUUACAAAAACAUCAAAUGUUCCUCAUGCUCCCAACCAUACAUCUUCGUCUUCAUUUGAUGAAAUUAAAAAUUUCGUUGACGGUCGUUUCAUAUGUCCACAUGAGGCCGCAUGGAGGAUAUUUGAUUUCCCUAUUCACAGUAGAAAUCCUGCCGUUCAAGUACUGGCUGUGCAUUUAGAGAAUAUGCAAAACAUUAGUUUCCGCGAUUCGCAACAAUUACAAAACGUUGUGGACAAUCCUAUAGCAAAAAAAACGACCUUAACAGAAUGGCUACACAACAACAUAUUAGACGAUAAAGGCCGACAUCUUCGUUACGUUGACUAUGUUUCAGAAUACAGGUGGGACACUUCAGGAAGAUGUUGGAUACGUAGGGCCACAAAUAGAACGCCAGCUAUAGGAAGACUCAUAUACGUCCAUCCGUCUUGUGGCGAGACUUUCUACUUACGUAUGCUACUAGGCCAUCAAACUGGAUGCCGAAAUUUCUCGGACAUACGCACUGUUGGUACGGAGAUUUUCCCAACAUACAGGAACGCAUGUGAGAAACUCGGCCUACUUGAUAAUGAUGAUGAAUGGACAUAUGCAUUCACGGAAGCAUCCGUUUGGGCUACUUCAAAGGAACUACGGUCUCUCUUUACACACAUGUUAUUAUUUUGCGAGAUAUCAAAUCCAUUAUCACUAUGGAGAGACCAUUGGCGUGCUAUGAGUGAUGACGUUGUCUUAAAUAUCGAACGGGCUACUGGUUUUAAACCUACUAACAUAAGCGAUGAAGAUUUACAACAACACGUCUUAUUUGAGAUUGAACUACUUCUCAAUUCUAGCGCAAGUUCUUCAUCGCUUUGUAACUUUGGCUUACCCAUGCCACGUUCUGAAUUUGCUUCCAUUCUAAAGAAUCGUCUUUUAAUGGAAGAAAAGAACUAUGACAUACAGAAAAUGUCCUCUGAUCAUGAACUUCUAAAAAAUGCUCUUCAUCCCCAACAAUUUGCCAUCUAUGAUUUAGUAGUCAAAUCAAUCACACAAGAAAGACAAAUACUGCUUUUCGUUUAUGGCCACGGAGGUACCGGUAAGACAUAUUUAUGGACAACUAUUAUUUGUGCAUUACGAGCUUCUAGCAAAAUAGUUUUAGCUGUUGCGGCUUCGGGGAUUGCCUCUUUAUUGCUACCAUCCGGAAGAACUGCUCACUCAAGGUUCAAGAUACCUUUAGAAUUAACUGAUGAUUCCCUUUGUGACGUAAAAAAAAAUACCCAGCUAGCGCAACUUCUUAAAGAAACUUCUCUUAUAAUUUGGGACGAGGCACCCAUGAGUGACAGGCGAUGUUUUGAGUCACUUGAUAAAACACUCAGGGAUAUACUAGAUAAUUCAUGUGAUCCUUUCGGUGGAAAAUCAGUAUUGUUAGGCGGCGAUUUUAGACAGACACUUCCUGUUAAACCAAAGGCUACAAAGUCUGCCAUCAUUAAUUCAUCCUUGCCCAAGUCAUAUUUAUGGAGUUGUUUCAAAGUGAUGAAGCUAACUGAAAAUAUGCGGCUUCAUCGACCUAAUCUAAGUAGCAAGGACAAAGCGGACAUCGCGUGGUUUUCUUCAUGGCUACUCGAUGUUGGUGAUGGUAAGAUAGGUGAACCUAUUAUAGAAGACGACUCCGACAGUAAAAAUAUAGAUAUUCCAUCGGAGUUUCUUGUGCCCUUUGAUGAUAAUUCUUUGUCUGAACUUAUUCGAUUCAUUUACGAUGAAGACACGCUUCGCAAUCCGACAAUGGCAAAGUUCUCAGAUAAAGCUAUCGUCUGCCCUAAAAAUAAAACAGCUGAUGAAAUCAACAACUUAGUCCUCAGUAUGUGUGAAGACUCAACUGUAACCUACUUAAGUUCAGAUUCAAUGAUCCCACACGCAAAUGAUAGAGGAGAUACCGAAAUGCUUUAUCCAAUCGAAUAUCUUAACGUCUUAAGUUUCAGCGGAUUACCGCCGCAUCGUUUAGACUUGAAAGUCAACACCCCUAUAAUUUUGUUGCGAAACAUUAAUCAGACUGCAGGCCUCUGCAAUGGAACAAGGCUAUUAAUAUCUAGAUUGUUACCAAAGAUUAUUGAGGCUCAAGUUAUAACUGGAAUUGCUGUAGGUCAUCGUGUUUAUAUACCUCGAAUUACUUUUGUACACAACGACAAGCAAUUACCAUUUGUGUUUAAGAGGAAACAAUUUCCAAUAAAAGUUUGUUACGCUAUGACUAUAAAUAAAAGCCAAGGUCAAUCAUUAAAUAAAAUUGGCGUAUACCUGCCUGAGCCAGUUUUCGGCCACGGCCAACUAUACGUAGCUUUCUCUAGAGCAACUUCCCUUCAUGCUUUAAAAGUUCUUAUAAUUCCACAAAAAGACGCCCCUCAAACAAAAACAAAAAACAUGGUUUUCUCUAACUUUCUAGAUGAAAUACAUUCCAACCAGGAAACUGCUAAUGGCUUGUAA